AUGCCUGCAGUUCCACAACGGAAGCAGAUUACUCAAGUCACUAAGGAUGAAGAAGGGCAAUCUUCCUCUUUCUCUUUACCAGUGUUGUCACAAACGACAUCUACGGACAGCAGUAGCGACAGUGAGGAUGACGAAACCUCCACCACGUUUUCAUCUGCUAGUAGCGCUAAUGAGGAAGAGAAGGAAUCGCCCAAGCAGACGGCCGCACCGUCCUCGGCACCCAAUUUAAGUGGAGCUCAAUCCCAGACUACUCAUACAAAUGUAAAUCGCAUUAUACAGCUCAACCCGGAUUUGCGAUUUGAGCGACCCGACAACGAGUAUAUUCCCCUACCGCGCGUGCAGAACACUUCGCAAGUGUCUUCUUUCUUGCGUUGUAUUCUUAAUGACCGUACCCAUUACCCCGAAGGUUGCUAUCGUAUGGUCGACUACUUCCGAGCGGCCGUUGAGCUGUUUUUGCAACGCGUGAGGCUAGAGUACAAGCAGCAGGUGGAGAUGGCGCGGCGAAAUGGAAAUUCGAUGACGCGCUUCAUUUGGCGGAACAAAGGUGAACUCGCCGUCUACUUUGCCUGCUGCUGCGACAUGCUAAAGCUGCUCUACGACUCCCUUCAGCCCGGCCCAAUGAAGCCGUUGUGGAGCGCCUUUGCGCAGCAGCUCGCCCCGUUGCUUAUUGUGGAGAGCCACCUCCCGAGCACGGUCUUGACGGAGCACACCUAUCAUACGAAGUACAUGGAUUGGCAAAAGGGCGGCACCCGAUACGUGGGAGAGCACUCCUCCGCCAACAUUCGCUUUCCCUCCGCCCAGGAACGGCGGCUGAAAAUCGAAGCCUAUCUUCGCUCAGGGACGGGGUAUCAAAUGGAAACGGGGGGGGUCGUAGAUCCCCCCGCAGGAGGGCGUCCAGGGCCCUCCCUCCCUCCUGCCACGCGGCCUUCUCCCGUCUCCAGCCGCGCUCUUCCCCCUUCCUUGACGGUGGUACCCCCUGGUACGCGGAUGGAGGUGAAGACAAUCCCGCCCCCUCUUUCAGGAGGAAAACCUCCCCCUUUCAUCCCUCCAUGGGGUUCAGCAGGGGGCGGGAGGGGGGAGGGCCCCGGCCCCGUCAGAGGAGGGGGGAGUCGUGCCCUGCCGAGAAACCCCACGCCCCACCCCCCUGCCGCUCCGGUUGCGGUGAAGCAGAUGCCGGAUGAGAUGCGGCACCUCUUUUGGCUUUCUGCCCUCGCUCACAUCAAAGGAGGAGAGGCGGGGGCGUGCUUCCCCGACGAGCGCGCGGCGGCGAUGCCCGGGUUUGUGAGGGUGUGUGAAAUCACCCGGCUGCCACGGGAGAUCUGUGUGCUGGUGGACAUCCUGGCCGCCUCGAGUGAGGGUAUUCAAACUGUCUUUGAGCGUCUUGGGGGGAUGAUCAUCCUCAGGCGUUUUGUGAGCGUCUUGGUUCGCGAGCGGGAUGAACGAUCCCUUAUCCAUGUGAUUCGGCAGCUUGUGCAAUUCAGGGGCCCAUCGUUUUGGGGCAUCGCUUCUCAGAAGGCUUGGCGGACCAACGACACCAACAAGCUCACGGAUGACCUGACAUGGUUGCGGGGACUGACGUUGAUUCCCAUCGAAAGCCGAGCGGCAUGGGGAGCAUUAGUGUUGGUGAUGGAGGAAAAGUACAUUUUCAAGGCCUCCCGAGAGGAGAUGGAGGAGACGCGAAAGCGUAGCCGUGCGAAUGAUCCACUGGCCAUUUCCACUUCGCCCAUGACAGGCGGCCUGCACUCCACCCUCAGCGAUAACUGCGAUUUCCAGCGCUGGAAGCUGCCUCGCGUUAACACAUUGGCCGCGGUUCGGCUUCCCGUCGAGUUACGGGCCCCGCCGUUCUCGUCGGAUCUUGAAAAAGACACCAUUGAUUUCAUAAAUACCAAAAAGAAUUAUGCGAUGUCCAUGCAGGAAGAAUGGAGGGCUCGUAUUUUGGCUGCAGUUCGCAGUAGACAUGUUGAUGAAGAUUGUGUAUCAAUUCCGUUAUGGUAUGACCCAUUUCAACUACUGGGCAUAACCCAAUUAGAGUAG